GAACAGCCCCUUUGUUCUGCCCCCUGUCCCACUGGUCAAAGUAUAAAUACAUCAAGUCACCUUUAACUGAUGGCAGCUCCCUCUCUGAGAGUCAGUGGGACCUGCAGCCUGAGCUCUGUGAACGCACAGCUGGUUCAAGGUCAGGAUCACAACAGGUGCCGCAGAGGACGGACGGGCUGAAGCGCACGAACGUGUGGUAUUUUAGCAGCAGCAGCAGCAGAAAGUGACAGAAGGACGGAGGUUUGAAUGAGCUUACGGGACCAUGGGAAUAAAAGCGGCGCUUCCCAAAUACGAGCUCUACUUCUACAACGUGGUGCUGUGCGUGGCCGUCCUCUGGGCCAGCAGCUGGAUCUUUGAGGUGUCCAGAUCCAGUGCAAACAGGAAGGCGUUCAGAACCAGCGUGAAGCCGGGAUGGUACUACGUCGGGAGGAAAAGGGACGCAGCCGAUUUGGAGUGGGUGAUGUGGUUCUCCACCUUCAGAGCCCACAUCCUGUUCGCUCUCUCCGGACACGUGCUGUUCGCCAAGAUCUGCUCCAUGUUGGCUCCGCAGUACAGGUCCCUGGUGCACAUGGCGUAUGGGCUGCUGGCCGUGUGGACCAGUAUGGGCUGGACCUACGUCACCCUCAUCCUGUCCCACUGCAUCCUCCUCUACAGCAUCUCCUUGGUGAAAAUGCGCUGGCUGUGCUUCGCCACGGGGCUCUGCACUCUGGCCACGUUCAAGUGUGAGCCCUUCGUGUCCUGGCAGGCCGGUUUCGUCCAAGGGGACUUUGAGCUGCGCCACGUGCUCUUCUACGGAGGCUGCGGGUUCACCAUCAUGCGCUGCAUGAGCUUCGCCUUGGAGAACUGCGAAAGGAAGGACGGAAACUACAGCCUCCUGGAGCUGCUCAAGUACAACUUCUACCUCCCCUUCUUCUACUUUGGGCCCAUCAUGACCUUUGAUAAAUUUUACAUACAAGUCAACAAGGCGGACGUGGCAGAAGGAAGGGAGUGGGAGAUGUGGAACAUCAGGGUGCAGGGCCUGGUCCACUCGGCGUGGGUGGUGGCGGUGGACGUCCUCUUCCACUUCAUGUACAUCCUCACCAUCCCCACAGACCUGAGGCUGAUGAAGCAUCUCUCCGACUGGGCUGUAGUCGGUCUGGCCUACUUCAACCUGGUCUACGACUGGGUCAAGGCGGCCGUCAUGUUCGGAGUCAUCAACACGGUUUCCAGACUGGAUCACCUGGACCCGCCCAAGCCGCCGAAAUGCAUCACCAUGCUCUACGUGUUUGCCGAAACACACUUCGACAGAGGAAAUAUAACGAACUGGUUGUGCAAAUACGUGUACGACCACCUGGGUGGGAAGCACGACAGCGUGGGGGAGGAGCUGGUGGCCUCGCUGUGCACCUUCGGCGUCACCGUCCUCUGGCUGGGACCCUGCAGCGCCGUGCUGAUCUGGGCGUUCCUCAACUGCUUCGGCCUCAACUUGGAGCUGUGGACGGCCAAGUUCUUCUCCACGGAGCCGUUCGCGUCGUUCGAGGUUGGACUGGAAUGACGGAGGCGACGUUCCCGUCGGAUCAGAGCCGUCUUCAACACCUUCAACUUCUGGAGCAUUGUGUUGUACAAUGUUCUGGCUUUGAACAGUUUGGAUUUUGCCAAGUUGGUCGCUAAACGGCUGCUUCUAAAAGGGUUUCCCGUGACCACCGUCCUCGUCAUGUUUGUGACCUACUGCCUGAUCCAGGUGAUCAAAGAGCGGGAACGGAGACGGGCCCUGAUGGACGACCCCGACCCUCCGGGCCGCACCUGCAGACGUCACCGGCAGCCAGGCCGGAGCGGCCGCUGCGUCCGCGGCCCAGGCGGGCCCGGACGGGACGGACCCCAGCAAGCAGAAAGCAGAGUAGACCCUGGUCCCUGGUUCUGGAACAUCAACGACUGUGUUGCUGUCGAUCAAGGUUUUUAAACAGUGAUGCCGUGUGGCACGAUUGACUCAAACUUCUGCUCUUAUUUUAGACUGAGGGUAACGAGCACUAAUGUCUGUGUGAUAUGCUCAGUACAUUGUUAUUAAAAAAAUGACUUCCAUGUAAAUGAACAGCUGUGCUUCCUGUCGUUUUGGGCGUGUGAGAUCAUGUCAGCAGUCAUUUAAUACCUGUCUGAUGGACACUGUAUUAUCUAGGUCUGCACUGAGUCACUGCCUGGACCUGAACAGCUGAACAAAUGGUAUCUAGUGACAUUUAACAAAUAAAAUAAAUGACUGAU